AUGGUUCUCGCUUCAAACCCAAUCCGAGGUGCCAGUCCAAGCUCUCCUUCAACUGAUCUCGGCGCUUGCCCAGUCGAUCUGCGGUCAGGCUCUGCGCGCCAACCCGUCGACUCUGUGCCAGAGUCGCGAGUUCGCGGAAUAUCGCCGUCUCCUCAACUUCCUUCUCGAUGCUCGCUUGCUCACUCCCCUGACACCUGCUCGACGCACACGACUCUUUUGAACAGCCUCUAUUUUUCCCCUUCCUUUCCUUUCUCGACAUCCUCUUCUCCCUCCUCUUCAUCCUCGUCUGCUCCCUCCUCUUCAUCCUCGUCUUCACCCCCCUCUUCGUCCGCGUCUGGUCCCUCCUCUACGUCUUCGUCUUCUCAUUCCUCUUCAUCGUCUUCUCAUUCUUCUGCAUCGUCUUCUCAUUCCUCUUCUUCGUCGACAUUCUUUUUCUCUCGGCCCCACAGUGCAGAGUGCCGCGCGUGUCCUGUGUCUCGCGCUCCUCCCAAUCCGUCUCCCCCCCAACUUUUGUUUUCUCUCCUUCCCUUUCUGUGGCCCGCGGCCCUGUCGGAUCGUCUCCGCGUCUUGGGCUCCUUGGCCUGUCUCGUCACUGCGAAGGUGCUGACCAUUCAGGCGCCUCUCCUCCUCGCCAGCCUUGUCGACGCCUUCCAAGUGCUACCCCACGCUGCCUCGCCCCUCUCUGCAGGAGUCCCCUCGGCCCUGUCCCCGGGAGACACCUCGGCCCUUUCGCCGUCGGCGUCUGGUUCGCCGGACACGCCGGUUCCUGCGGAGAGGCUGCACGACGCCGAGAAGCCGCGCACAUCCCUUGGCGAGUCGGACGGGCGCGACGAAGGAGCGACCGCUCGGCUGUCUCCGUCUCUCGAGACGGGCCGGCCUGCCGCCGCAAGUGUCGAGCGAACCGAGACGUCUGGCGGCGACAGCGACCGGGAAGAUGCUCACGCUCUACACGCUGCUUCCCAUUCGUUGAGAACUGAACACCUCGGAAAUGCAGCUAGCAUCGCCUCCGUUCCAAUAGGAAUUGUCUGUGGAUUCCCCGUUGCCAGAAUUGCCGCCACAGGAUUUAACGAACUUCGGUCCACCUUGUUUGCGCGCGUUAGUCAGAGCGCGAGCUGCGAUUUUUCUUGCCACGCCUUUCUUCACCUCCACUCUCUCGCCUUCUUCCACGACAAAAGGGCUGGCGAAUUGUCUGUGCUGAUCAGCCGCGGCAUCAAGUCUGUCACCAGUCUCCUGAACGUUCUUCUUUUUCAGCUGGUACCAACGGUUCUCGAGUUUGCUCUCGUCCUCUACCUGCUUGGAGGGAAGGUCGGCGGCCCCUUCGCGUGCAUCACUUCGCUCACGAUGGCUGCCUACGUGGCCUUCACGACGGCGGUGACUGCGCGACGCACAAAAAUCCGGAAAGCAAUGACAGCGGCUGAACAACAGUCCGUGGGACUUUUGGUCGACUCGCUUGCGAACGCAGAAGCUGUGCGCUUCUUCACGGCGGAGAAGGAAGAGUUGGCGCGCUUCGCGGCCGUACAGAGACGCUACGCGGAGAAGAACAUCCUGGUGAACGAGAGUCUGGCCUUCCUAAACUUUGGCCAGCAGUUCAUUUUCAACCUCGGUGUCCUCGGCUCUCUCGCCUACACCGCCUCGCAAGUGGCUGCAGGCCUCCUUCCGGUCGGACACAUUGUCCUCGUCAGCAGUCUGCUGCUCCAGCUCGCCGUGCCCCUGAACUUUGUCGGCACGAUCUACCGGGAGACGAGUUUGAACCUGGCCGACUUGGAGAAGCUCUACGAGCUCCUCAACCACCACCCGCCGAUCCAGAACCCGCCAAACGCGAAGCAGUUUGCAUUGCAGGGCGGCGCGCUCACGCUCGACAAUGUCAGCUUCUUCUACCCGCCUUCGGUGCUCCGUGCAGCGCCUCCUGGAGCCGCGCCAAGGCCCGCAGGCGACGCGCAGACACCGCCCGAGGCUGCGCGCAGACUCCUGCUGGACGGUGUCUCCUUCUCAGUAGCUGCCGGGGAGAAAGUGGCGAUUGUGGGGCCGAGCGGAGUGGGAAAAAGCACGCUGAUCAAGUUGCUCUUCCGCAUGUUUGAUCCGGCCAAGGGCGCCGUGCGCAUCGACGGCCAAGACGUCAAGGAAUUGGAUCUCCAUUCUUUCAGACGACACAUUGGCGUGGUACCGCAAGACAUGGUUCUCUUCAACGACACCGUUGAGUUUAACAUCAAAUAUGGCUGCCCCAACGCGACAGACGACGAGAUGCGGGCUGCUGCCAAGCAAGCAGAGAUCGACGACAUGAUUAUGAGCAUGCCGGACGGCUACAAGACGGUCGUGGGCGAGCGCGGCCUGAAGCUGAGUGGCGGCGAGCGGCAGCGCAUUGGCAUCGCGAGGUGUCUUUUGCGAAAUCCGGCGAUUGCGAUAUUUGACGAAGCAACCAGUGCGCUAGACUCCCACACGGAACAGAAGAUUUUGAAAGCAUUUCGUGCGAUGGCGAAAGGCCGCACCACCCUCGUGAUUGCGCAUCGGCUCAGCACCAUUGCCGACGCCAACAAAAUCAUUUAUUUGAAGGACGGAAGAAUCGCAGAGAUGGGCACACACGACGAGUUGCUUCAAAACCCUGAUGGCCUGUACAGGGCUCUCUGGGAGUCUCAGCAACAUCAGGAUAAAGGUGAUGCCAGGCAGGCGUGGCGUGAGCCAACGCUGAGAUAA